AUGGAAGCCACUUUUUCUCUCUUGGACUUUAUUAUUAAUGCACCUGCUACAUUUUCUUUCCAGUCCUUUCGCAGCACAGUGAGUCACAAUACAGCCCUAAAGGACUUUGUCAAUAAAGACUACUCUCGAUACCAUAUUUCUGUUAUCUGGCGAUACCUUACAAUUGCCUAUACAGACCUCACACGAACGGAUGACUCGGACUACCAGGCGACACUUCUAAAACUAAUCGUUCGCCUGAACUUGUUUCUGAGCGGCCUGGAGCUCCCGCCGUCUCCCUGUUUAAAUCUAUACGUCCUAGAUGCCAUUUACUUCGCUUUGGCACAUUACCGACUAACAGGUAAAACGUCCCUCUUCGACUACGUUGUAAGGAGUGAUCUGGCAGUACCACCCAACAUGAAGCAGCUCUUCCUUCCGUUCAUCCGUGUCAUUCACAGCAAAAUUUACGAUGCCAACUACAUUCCCGACCUUUUAGACCUUGUUGUUGCUGUGCAUCCAUCUGUUAAGAAUAUCGCCCCAGGAAUAUAUACACAGGAUGCUGUGUUGUACAUGGACGAGGUGAUUCGCAAGGAAACAUCCGAGACAGUUGGCCUGGUUGCCACCGAGUCUACGCGCAAACUCAUUUGCUUGAAAGCAUUUUCGGUUGGAGACUCCAUCUUCGAGGGUCCCACGGAUAUGACUGCUAUAGGCAUGGUUAACCCUCUUGCAGCCGUGUGCAACUGCUGUGGGGAAGCGGUUGAAGCUAUUGCUGACCCCAUUCGAUGCCCUGAGUGCGGGGUGGUAUACUGUACCAUUGCGUGUAGAGAAUAUGACUUACACUAUCACUCUCAUGAAAUAUUCUGCCGAUUUAUCACAGACACAGCGGUGCAUAGCUUUGCUAGCAUAUUCUCUCGGUUUUCUCUGGAACGUAACAUCUGGAGUACGUUCUUUGAUGCGUCCAUGAUCAUUCUGCACAUUCUGGCUAUUCUAACAGACAAGAUAUCAAUCGCUAAAGACGUUCUCCCCGCUACACUGUGGAAAACUGCACCAGAGCUAUUUCUUCUAAAUAGGGACACCACUGCAAACUACGAGUGGUAUCAUAAAGCAUAUGGAUCACCACUCAAGGAGCAUACUGGCAUUGACAUGAUAGGAUUUCCCACCUUUAUUGCACUCUUUCUAGGUCCAACGGCUGGGCUGCUCAAGGUAUGGCCGUAUCUGCGUCCAAGCACGUUAUAUUACGUACUCAGUGGAGUUCUAAUGAAUGGGUUUGCUCAGGUAUUCAAAGAUGAAGCUGAUAGGUUAUCGGAUCGAGCAGCUUAUGGUGCAUUCAAUCUCAGUUACUAUCAUUCCUUUGUUAGGCAUUCAUGCACACCGAACUUCCGGCGCACAAUGGUAAAGUCACCAACUGGGGGCACGUUUUUCUCCCUUAUAUGUAUCAGAAAUACAAUGCCAGGGGAUGAGCUCACCAUUUCAUACGUAGAGACAGAACCGGAUGAGAGUGGUUACGAGCACUAUAUAGACACUCUCGCAACCCACAACAUCCCACUUUGUUCAUGCAAGCGUUGCAGCAAGAUCUUAUCUUAUCUUAACACGGGGUGA